GAACAGAGCUCAAGCGAGAGCGAGUCGUUCGAUUUUGUCAUGAAUUAAUUUGUGGUUUUCCUUAUGAUUUUUCCUUGAUUAGAACUUCAUUUACCCCACUGAUAAUAAGUAAACCCAUUCUUACAAAAUAUGAUAUAAACUUAAUAUUUUACUUGCAAGAAGUGGUCGUUUUUGUUUAUUAACUUUUUAGAAGUUUCAAUUUCAUCAUGAUCUUACGUUGCGGUUUGUUGUUGAUGGUGUUGGCUUUUGUGCGGACUACGGAGUACUCGUACGACUAUGGAUUAGAUAAUAUGGUUACUGAGGUAGAGCGGCGAUAUUCUUACUGGCCAUCAGUUCAUAAUGCGUUGUUGAAGCUGCGUAAACGCGAGGUGAAGGGUGAUGCUGGGUUAAGCGAAGGCGGGGAGGUUGCGCCAGUGGCGAGCAACCAGCCGACGGUUGCAGCUCCUGCGGCCAGUUCACCUGCUGCCGGUGCCCCCAUAGCCGCGGCAGCUCCUGCAGUCCCGGCCGCCCCCGCCGCCCCAACCUCCGACGGAAACGUUGCACCAAAGCCACUGCCAGCCAAGCCGGAAUUGCCAAAGCUUCCAGUGACAAACGACACAGCUGAGAAUCACGUGACUACAAAUAAUGAGUCAAGUCAAACUGCAAUACCUCAAGCAAAACCAAAGCAGCUGGACUUGAAGGACUCUCGAGUAGUUAUGAGAGGUCUCAUUGUCUUCGGAGGCUUUCUGUUGCUGGCCGUUGCAUAUUACAUAUUCUACAGGAGAAAGGGAAAUAAAAACGAUGCAGGCAACACACACAAUUCGAUUGACGCUAAUCAGUUCCGCUACGGCGUCCUGCAGUCGGAGGACCGGAGAGACAACCUGGAGUUAUCCCGAGUACCCCUCACGAUGGAGUCUGACGACGACGAGGACGAAGACCUGGAAAUAUUUGACUUAGAACAGAAAAAGAAGUCCCUAUCGUAUGUAAACUUACAAACUAAUGACGAAGACAUUGUCUUUCACAACUCUACACAUAAUGGUAGAGACAAUGACAAAGACAACCUGCUGUUAGACAUAGAAGAUGCAUCUACAGAUACCUUGAUAAAUUGGAGUAAUAAUGGUAAUAAGUCAAUAUUAUAAUUCCAGCUUAGAUAGGACAUGGCUCGUACAAAGCAAAUGGUAUAUUUUUAUUGACAUUCAAAAGAGUGGACACAACUAUUAUGACAUAGGUUAUAGAUUGGCUUCGUGGAGUCAUCACUUAUUUACUUGAUAGUAUUUUAUAAUUGCUGACAUUAAAUUUUCAAUGCAAUAUUCCAGUUCAUAAUUAGCUAACGGGUGGAUCUUCGAGACACCAGUCAAUCUCAUUACCGUUAACGCAAAAAUAUCCUAGAAGAAUAUCCAAAAAGACUUUAUGCAAAUAUCCAGUUAGAUCUUAAGAAACUAAUUGGAUAUUUGCAGAGACAAAAGAUUUUAGGAUAUUUUUGCGUUCACCGUAAUGAUACUACCCUAAUGUGGAUAUUCUCCAUAACCAUUCGUUUACUUCCAAAUCUGAUUAACGUCAUUGUAGUUGAAGAGUCACUGUAACUGGGACUGUAAUGGAACCUGGAACCUGACAGAGGGCAGCAGUAACUGUCAGUACUAUUCAGAAGCUCCGCCUUGGACAGGAGUUCUAGUACGGCUUUGAAAUAGACUACUCUGGGCUAUCCCACUUGCGUCAGACAGAGUACUGCGAGGCGGAAGAUAAGAGGGAAACCACUGCCCUAUUUUCCCUAAAAAAAGUAGCAUGGAGAAUGCUACACCGACAAGAGCGUGGCUCUUAAAUUAGUGAUGUGUUGAAGAAUCUUUUGAAACAUUAAUUUAGAUUCUGAACUGCAUUUCAACUUCCUUAGUGUUCCUAACUGGUUAUGAAGAUAAUUAAAACUACUUAGACGAUGACGCAAUUGUAUGAAAACUAGUGUAUUCAUACAGACGUCAUCUAUUGAUCUGCUAUUUCAUACGCAUUUCGCACCUCUACAUGUUUAUCACGCAAUGUAUUAGUCACACUGUGUUUAAAUCCGUGAUGGUGCACUUAGCUUCUGCUACAAGGUUAUUUAGCCUCCACUCAUAGCAUGUUAUCUCGGCUCUGAGCACACAAUGAAAACUGACCUUCAAACCCGAGUGCUAUGACCGAUUCAUAGCACAAUAUACCUAAUAUUUUUUUUAAACAUUCUUAUGAUCUGCCGAGUGAUUAUUUACGUUUCCAAUAAUGUUUUGAGUAGGUACUUUCUCAGCAGAUUCAUUGAGAAGCAACUUGUUUAUAUUAACUUUUAUGGUAAUCUUAUAAGUUUUUUAAUGGAAUACUUAAUAGAGAUAGACCAAACAGUGAUUUAUUUUAUAAUUAUCAUUUACAUAGCAUUUAAGUACUUAAUGUACGUUAUUUUUGUAUUUUUGCGAUGUUUAUGGAAAAUGAGGUACUUUUCAGGCCAUGUCCCCAAAAAAUAAACUUUAUAACCUAUUUUCUCAUUGCUCGGGUACAUAAUUAUUCAAAAAUGUAAUGGCAGAGGCAUAUAUAAAAACA